AUGGAGCAGUAGAACAGGAUGGAGGUGGAACUGUUGGACCGAUGCCUGGUGGAGGACAAGCACAGGCACACGACUCCUCUGCGGGGGCAACAUCUUCAGGAUCAACAUCUUCAGGACCAUCUACUACCACGGCACUACCGUCUGUUCCAGAACUGAAGCCUCUGGUAAAUGAAGCUCCUCGACCACUAACAGCGAAGCCUGAGGUGUUCGAUUUGAGUUCUCAAAUCGAUGUGAUGUCGCAGGCUGAUGACUCCAGCAGAGCUCCCUCACCACGAAAAGGAGACCACAAAGAGGACAACCAAGCCAAGAACGUGGAUUCCGUGCCUACGCCGAUUCGGAAACGAACAGGUAAAAGUGAUAGCCCUGACAACUGGAUAGUGCUUGACGAAAGCAGUAGUGGCAUGGAAGGAGCAAGCUCGAACGCAGGA